GCCUUGCCAAAGACCGAUAAUGGGUGUUUUGCAUGUGCCAGGCAUACGGAUUUAAACUCCAAUUAAAAGAAACCUGGGAAGCCACAUACCUACCCAGCUUUCGGGAUCUGCAGAAUGCGUAGGGCAUACUCUCACAGAUCGGAAGAACAGUCCGAGUUUCAACCUCAGACAAAGCCUGAUCGAAUUGUUGGUUCUUCCGUAAAGGGCUCGGGAACCCGCAGGAAGCAAGGGAGUGUUAGGCACCAAUUGCUGGCGAUCCAUGAAUGCUAAGCGAGGAGGAUUCAAUAGGCUGGCUGAUUUGUUUGCUUCCAAUGUCGUGUAACACUGAAGAGCAAGGCUUUUCAGUGGGAUGGGCAGUUGAUAUCCUUAAAUAAUUGAUCUCACCUUUCCAGAUGGUAGGAAUGUCUCCACGCAACUGCCUUCGUAUUGUCUCAUUUUCAAGUCAGUGACUUUUACUUGUGGUGUUUGUUUACCAGCCUUCGUCUCGACCCCAAGAUGACGCCGAACAAUGAUGACUUGCAUAUCGAGUUGGCAAAUCUCGACGAGAACUCGCAGGAACCAAGUCCCGAUCAUGAAAUUCACCAAAACGAGGACGAAGCACUUGUGCCCUUGAUCGAUGGGCAGAUCCUGGGAGAUGAGAGUGUCAAGGAGAGUCCAUCGGAACGGUCAAAGCCUUUGCAGACUGAUGAAAAAUUCAUGGAGGUUUUUACUCAAUUGGCCAAGGAGAGGCUGGAAGGGAUGAUGGGUGGACUACUAGAAGCGAUGGUUGAGAAAUUGAGGACUGGACAGAGGAGGACCCAGUUGGAUAUUGAGGCAAGCGCUCAAGGAUUAUCCAAACCGAACACAGAUACCCAAUGCGAUAACACUCAAAGCGAGAACGUCAACUCCUCAGUCGGACCUGCUUUCGAGACGGAAGUUCUUGACGAAGAAUUCUGGCCAUUUACAGCCACGAAGACUGAUGAUGAGAUCAUGAAAGAUGAAGACGAAAGGCGACGGGUACUUAUGAACCCCAAGUUUGACUCAAUACCCGAUAUGUGGAAGCACAUUUGGCCAGCUGAGUGGGCCGAAGAGAGUCUUCGACACUCCCUCAUCAAAGAGCUAGUCAUUGUUCUGCACGGGUAUACUACGACCGAUCCCUACUGUGUAGAAGGAGUAGGAGACUUGACUAAGAAGGGACAUCUGUAUUCUAUUCUGAGCAUAAUUGGAGGGGUGGUCGUGAUGUUUUGUGGUGAAGAUAGUUUGGACACAGACUUUCAUAUUGUUAGCCCCCAGCCCGAUCAUUCCUUUGCAAUCAUCGUAACGACAGCGAUCAUUGAAGCAAUUCAUAUUAGUCACAGACUUCGAGUGGAUGAUCUACUUAUUGCUUGCUUCAGAAGGAGCUGUCUGUUCAGGCCAUAUAUGCGUUCCUCGAAUCCUUGGCUACAAGAUAUCAACAUUGCUGCCUUGGCUAUGUUUGCAGUAGCAAUGACGGAUACAUGCUACUAUGGGCCAUCGUUGGUGUUACGAGAUUUACUCCAAGACAAUGAUCUGCAGAAACUGGCAAAUGACCAAGUAAUGAAAUACUACAGGCAUCUGAAUUUUAGUGCGUUUCGAGACCGAGAUCGAUUGUGCGGCAACCCAGAAUUAUUCAGUACACUACUUCCGACAGAGAGCGCAACAGGAAGCUUCCGAACCUACGAUCUCCACUUGCAUAGUCUCGUAGCUCUAGGCAAAUUGGAAAUAGAAUGGACGCACGACGCAAGAUCACAUUUGAGACUUAGGCCGUAUGGAGAUGGAAGGGGCUGCUUGCAUCUUUUUUGGUUCGGUUGUGGAACUGAAGACACAUCUUAUUAUAUAGCGAAAUUGUUGGUCCCAACCGCGCCGGGUGCUUGGGAGUCUGAUAGGGUCGGUGAAUGGACAGAGCUUGAAAACACAAUGCGUAUACUGCUAGGGCAUUCCAGCAGAUCUGAGGAGCGCUUGACCCGAAAAGCUUACGCACGGCUCCCAAUACCAUGGUGGCUAUUCUCUCUGUGUAAGACAGCAUCUUCAAAAAUGCGGAAAGGCCUGCCAGAAAUUAUUCCAGCCUACUUUCGAACCGAGAAGUAUGUAAUGGGAGACGUCAUGCAGUUGUUCCCGGACGGAAUCGGAGGAAUGGCCGCCCAUCUAUCUUACAAAUUAGACCCCAAUCGAUCCUGGAGUUAUUCAGAGUUCCCAAUUUAUGGUGAGCGGCUAUAUCAGCUUCGACUUCAUAUGGAUGGAGUGAGACCGAGAGGCUUUCGGGGUCUCUUCAAAGACAAGCGGGACUUCGCAGGCAAGUAAUUCGAUAUUCUCUUUGGAUUUGUCGCUUACAAGCGCGUAGCCUACCACACUUUCUGGUUCGCAGUCAUCUUCGGCACAACGAGUAUCAUCCUCGCACUUGCAAGUUUGCUCGUUUCAUCACUGCAAACUUGGGCUGCAUUUCAUCCCCAGAAUGUGAAUACCAACAAAUUAGCUUGAGAGGAUAUAUUCAAAGUUAGAGAAAGUCCCAAAGCAACACAAGACGGUAAGUUAGAAGCGUGAAAGAUAUUCGUGACAGUGUUCACACAAUCAAGAUGACCAUGGGAAGUGGGGCGACAUUAAGAUGGUAUAUGUACAGCUCUGGGCGCAUUUCCAGAAAAUAAUGUGAAUUAAAUCGAAUAAGACAGUUCCCAGGUGUAGCCAGAAAUCAAAAUGUGACAUUAAACAUUUCCGUAAACAAUCCCUUGUCAGAGCUUCCUCCUCUCCUAGAAGCCCUGGGUUCAGCGAAUAACAUGGCCCUCCUCCGCUUCUGGCUGGCUCUGCUCCUUACUCAACUUCGGGUUUCUCAAACAGAACGCAAAAGCGAUCAGCGGCACACAAAGACAAAUACCAGUGAUCGUCAACAGUCUCUGUACAUGUUGAUAACUAUCGAUAACCGCAGUCCUGACAUCCGUUCCGACAGGAUAUUCCGGAACAAGCAAAAAUGGACUUCCGUAGAAACUAGCAGCCAAUGUUUCAUUUCCAGUAAAGGCCAAUCGGUUGUUGAGUUCUGGGUACAGAGUCUGCGUCCAGAUUGCGCCUGAGACGCAGUUUCCGAGUGCAGAGCCAACAUUGUAACUUGCGAGAUAGAUACCCGUAAUCACAGCGACGUGUUCGUGCUUUGUUGCUGCUUGGAUAGAAGCUUGUGCUGGGUAAGGGAAAAGACCACCUGCGAUACCCAGGAGAAUUUGAGCACCAAUGACACCGGAUUGAGCUGCGCUGCUAUGACCUCCUCGGUAAUGGAUCAACAGGCCGAACGCAACCAGGAAGAGCAUCGUUCCGGCUAGAAUGAAGUACUUGAGUCGUCUGACCUUGAAGAUCACGAGUGAAAUGAGAACGCCGGUAAUGACAGAGCAGAAGCUAUAGAGUGAGGAGACUCUGGUAGCUGACUUGAUGCUGAAGUCGAAGGCGACGAUCAAGACGGUAUAGAGGAAAUCGCCCUGUAAAUACCAGGCAAAGUUGAGGAACAUUGCUAUUCCGAGAGCGGCCCAGACCGCGCGAUCUUUGAGCAGGUGGAAAGGAAGUAAAGGAUGCUUGGCUUUCAAUUCCCAGAAGAUAAAGACUGGGAUACAGAGAAUUCCGAUAAUCAAUGGGGCAAGAAUAUGAGCUUGAUGCCAUUUCGAUGCAACAGCACCGACGGCAGUGGAUCCACCAGCCAAUGUGAGAGGUACGAGAAUGAGCGCAAAUACUGCAAUCAGAAGAAUAAUGCCAACGACAUCGAGUUGCCAGAAUAGUUCUGCUGCGAGGCGUUUAGGGCCUAGCAUCUGAAAUGGUGACUUGUAGCUGUCGAGGAUGCCAUUUUUUCGUGCCCGCCGUCCGGCGAUGAACAGCGCCAACAUCAAAGGCAGAGCACAAAUCGGGUAGAUGAUACACCACAUGCCAAUUCCCCAUCUCCACGAAGUUACUCCUAAAACGGCUUGAGUAAUGUCGCCAGAGACCCAGGUAUUGAUGAUGAAUGGUGUUGCCGGAAUGUACGAGAAGAAGACACGGCUUCGCAUGGACGUGAUAUCUGCGAUGAUGACUUCGACGAGAAGGAUGACACAAGUGUAUCCAACUUGAUACAGGACAGCACCAGCGCAGAAAGUCUUCACUCCAUCGGCACAAGAUUCGAUAAUAGUCCCCAGCGUGUAGAAGAAGACUGAGACAGCGACCAGUUCAAGACGUCCGAAGACAUCGGCGACUUUGGCAGCAGUUGGCUGAGCUGCAGCAGCAAUGACACUCCUGAGGACAUUGAUAGUCGAGAGAAGCGAAUGAAGGGCAUAGUCGCUAGUUGCUGUUGCCUGGUAUGUAUAUCGAGUUGUACCGUCAAGUCCGUAUGCAUACGCAAUGAGGAAGACGCCAAAGAAGAGGAAUAUCCGAUUGGUGAAAGUGAGCUGGCUAGAUACGGCUUCGAUGCGGGCCACACCAGGUGAUUUUGCUCCUAUGAUGUGGUGAUCGGAGUGAGCAUCGACAUUCUGAGGAUAAUUGACGCUGGAGUCUUUCUUCUCGUCAUUGCUUCCCUCCCUAGGGAUAUCUGGACUGAGAUUCAUAUUUGCUGC